GACCCCCCCCCCCCCCCGCCUUCCCUUCCACCCUGCUGCCGUGCAACAUGAGGCUCAUCCUCCUCGUCAUCGCCUUCGUCUGCGUCGGUGGAGGCGGCGCCAUCUGCGUCCUGGACACCAAAUAUGGCUGGAAUGUCGAGUGCGGGGUCAGGGACUCCUAUCUCUUCCGAAUCAAGGAUAUUGGUGGAUUUAAAGCGAACUUUGAUUUUGGCUUCGGCUUCGGGGACGAAAAGGGCUUCCCGCAGUCCAUCAAGAACACGAACGCUCUCCCGCACCGCAGAUCGGACACCGUCGAGGGCGGCGCUGAGGAGGCGGAGGCAGGAGAGAGAGCGGACUCGCUGCCGGAGGCCCCCGCCCUCAGCCUGCUCCCUCCCCUCCUCCCCCUCCGCCGCCAGAGUGACCAGGGCCCGCCCCGCCCGCGCCCACAGACUGCCCCUCAGCACUUCGCCGCGCGGCCUCCCCAGGGGCGCCGACCGUCCCGCCCGCAGCCCCCCGGCGGUGGCCGGCCAGGCCGACGCCCCCUGAGGACGCCCGACGGGAGACCCAUCUUCUUCCGGCCGGUCCCGACGCCGCCCGCCUUCGCGCCGCCCGCCUUCGCGCCGCCACCCACGCAGGUCAUCGUCACGCACGUGCCCAGCCCCGCGCCGCCCACGCCCUCGCCCUCCGCGGCGCCCACCGUCGGACCCACCAUGGGCGAGCUGCUCAAGGUGAAUGCGGACACCCCAGCGGACACGGACCACGUUCCCUCGUUCGCCGCUAAGACGUUCGUGGUUCGCGAGGCGCCGCCGGAGUUCCACCCGCCCGGCUACGAGGCGGCGGUGGUCUUCCCGAGCCUGGCCAAGCGGGUCGAGGUUCCGCGGACCAAGUUCUUCUGCGAGGAGCAGAGCUACCUCCCGGGCAUCUACGCCGACGUCCAGCUCGGCUGCAAGGUGUUCCACCUGUGCCUUCCGGCCGCCAUGGGCAACACGCUCACCAGCUUCAUGUGCCCCAACAUGACGCUCUUCGACCAGUCCAUCAUGCAGUGCAACUACUGGUUCAACGUCAACUGCGCGUCGUCGCCCCGCCACUACGACGCCAACCUGCCGAUGGCGCUCAGCUACCGCAAGAUCAACGCGGCGCAGCUGCCGUUGACCGCCGUGCGCGACCUCGGCAGCGUGGCGCUGAUGGGGCUCGACGCCCCUCAACGCGGCCAAACGCGGCCGCGCCGAGCGUCGACGUCGCGGAGAACCUGGCAUUCAGGCAGGAGGCGGGCGAGGUAGGCCCGAGGGAGGGCAGAGACAGCCCGAGGGCGGAGCAGCGGGACGUCUUCGCCCUCGCCGACGGCACACCGCGGAGCCCCCGCACGCUCGGCUUCGAGGAGGACGGCGGGAAGGAGACCAAGAAGAAGAAGGCCACGAAGGCAGCCGAAGGAGAGGCAAGGAGG